UUAUUUGUUUGUGUAUAUAUUGUAUGGAAAUAUUUGUUUGUGUUAUUUAUAGGUAUUAAAAAUUUUGGGUUUACACUUUUUAAGCCGUUAUGCUGCCGAAAUUUUAGUAGAAAAAAUGUAAAAUUAAUUGAAUGUUGAAAUUGAAAUUGAAAAUAUGUAAUUAAAAAGUUAGUAAAAUAAUAAUUUUUUUAGGUAUUAAAAAAAAUAUUUUCAAUUUAAAUAAUAAAUAAUUAGGAAAAUAUUUAAUUAUGAAAUGUAAUAUAUAAUUUUAAAUAUAAUAAAAUGAUAUUAUUAGUUUUAAUAAGUUAGUAAUUUUAAUUUAAAUAAAAAAUGAUUAAAAAUUAAUAAAUGAUUGAAAAAAAAAAUUAAAGAAUGUAAUAUAUAAUUUAAAAUGUAAUAAAGUAUAUGACAAGAUAUUGUAAAAUAGCAUAAAAUUAAAUUUGUAUUAUCUUUUCUUGAUCUCUUUGGUUAUACACCAAAGAUAGGAUUUAACAAAUGUAUUUGUAUUAUCACAUAGUGAUAAUUUUUUUUAAAAUUUUACACAUGCACGAAAUACCUUAGACCCGUUUAGAGAGGCGGAGUCAGUAAGGACUCUUAAAUACGCUUCUCCAAAUUAUAAUAAAGUGUUGUAUAUGUAGUAUGUCUACACCAGGUGGCAGCAGUUCGAAAAAGAAAGGGGUCAGAGGUAAAUACAAAGGCAAGAAUGUUGAGGAGGAGCUCUCCAAAACACAAUCUGCCAAGUUACAGAUUGAGCUGCAUGCAGAGACUGGCACCCCCGUCGGCAAAAACGGAAAAAAAUUCAACAAUAUGGCGAAAUGGAUGACUCGGAUGUCCAUCCCCAUUAAUAAAUUCAAAUGGGAAGAUGUCAGUAGAGCUGACAUCAAUGCCCUCUGGGAUAGACUUGAGGUAUGUCUUAAUAAUUUUUUUAAUUUCUAAAUUACUAUACUCUUAUUAAAUUGUAAUUAAUGUAUUAAUGUGUAACUUUUUGCAGACCAAGUUUGUCCUCCCACGAGAUAACCCUACAUUCGUAGACUACGGUGAGUACGAGAUGUCAAAGGGUUUACGUGACUGGAGGGCAGACUGCAAGAAAAAGUGGAUACAAAAUAUUGAGGAGCUUGGACAGGAGAGGGCCGACAUGUCACCUCCUGAGGGAGUAACUCAAGAGGUGUGGAGUGACUGCAUCGCUUAUUGGAGCACAGACAAACAAAAGGUACAUUUUUUUUAAAAUUUCUAAUUUUAGUAAUGUUUAAUUUAUAUAGUCAAUAAUAAAUAAUUAAUUGUUAGAAAAAUUAUUAAUUUCAGGCGAGAGCAGCGAAAAAUAAAGAAAGUCGGGGUAAGAUGAAAUUUCUAGGAGGCUGGGGCUCCAAGCCUAUUGUUUCACAUGUUGUCGAGGGGGUAAGUUUAUAUUUAACUAUCAUUCAUUUAAAUUUUUCUAGUAAAAUAACAAUACUAAUAUAUUUUCUCUUGAAAUAGGCUAACCCCGACAUAGGAGAACUGUCAACUGCGGUGGAAACUUUUCAAAAGUUUCACCAUAAAGGCAACAAUUGGCGCAACGAGUACGCACAACAAGCUUACGAGCAAAUGGUUGAAAUAGCGGCAACUCAACCAGCGCCCACUGAAGAUGAGCCCGAUGAGCCUGCUGUCGAUCCUACACAGUACCCCCGAGACUUACCUGUUAUGACGCAAGUACUCGGGGAACGAUCUCGACAUCUUAGAGGCUUUGGCCAUCUCCCCAGACUGAAGGGAGUUGGGGCCAAAAGAGCACCUGCCACGCAUCCUUCAGCCCCACCGACUGUUACAAUGGAACAGUACGAGGCUUUACAGAAAAAAGUAGAGGAAGCGGAGCAGACAACUCAACAUACGAGGCAGCAGUAUGAGACACAACAACUCUACCUCAGACGAUUCCAAGAUCAGUUUGAGUAUCUUUCUCGAGCUGUGCCGGGUUUCAACUUGCCUCCCAUGGAUCUUCCACCAUUGCCCACUCCUGGUGCUGGAUCAUCGGCUGCUCCUGGUGCUGGAUCGUCAUCGCAGCCUCCCGAGACUCAGAGAAACAACGAUGACGACAUUACCCGCCUAUAGAACUGUAUUUUUUUUUAUUAUCUCGUUCAAACAUUUAACAUUUUGUUUAUAUACUGAUUUUAGUAGAACAUAAUAUAAUUAAUGUUCGUUUAUUUUUUAAUGUAAAUUAUGUUGGUUUUUUUGUUAAUAUAAUAUUAUAAUUAUUUAAAAAAAUUAAUUAAUUAUAUUUAAUUAAUUAAUAUUAUAAUUAAUUAAUUUUUUUUAAAAAUAAAAAUUAAUACUUUUGCCGGCGCAUUACUGCGCCGGUAAAAGUAGCCAAAAACUAUUGGCGCCAACUG